CCGGUGGUGCGCGCGCCGCGGUGACGUCAGUCCCGGCGCGACCUCCGGCUCCUCCGGCCCUCGCCAGGUCCUUCCCGGUGUCCCCGUCAUGGCGUCCUCUCUUCUGCUGCGGCGAGGACCGUCCGCGGCGCUGAAGACUGUGCUCCUAGAAGCACGAGUGUGUCGAGGACUUGCUUCCACGGUUUCCCUCUCUGCAGAAUCAGGGAAGACCGAAAAGGGACUGCCGCCGAAUUCCAAGAGGCAAAGUCCACCAAAAAAUGUAGUGGAACCAAAGGAGAGGGGCAAGCUACUAGCCACCCCAGCAGCAGCUGAAUUGUCUAAAAACUUGUCUUCACCCAGUUCUUACCCAUCAGUUGUGAAUCUGGGCGGGAGGGUAGCUAGCCCUCGCCCCAGUCCUGAGGAUAGCGUGCUAUUCACAGAUGAAGGGGUUCCAGAGUUUUUGUCAAGAAAGACUUUGGUAGAGUUUCCUCAAAAAGUUAUGCCUCCAUUCAGAAAAGAGGGUUCGGAGUCCAGAGCUGUUCAAGAGAACAGGGGAGGGACAGAUGGAUCCUCGUCCUCGUCCUCGUCGUCCAGCUCCUCUGACUCGGAGUCUGAUGAGGAGGGCGGCGGCUCCACAGUUGACCCUCCGGUGACGAGCAGGGGCAGAGGAGGCCUUCCCAAACCGCAGGCCUCCCGUUCGCUUGAAAGCGGAGCCCCCAAAAUCGCAGCUUCCACCAAAGAGAAGACCCGGUCCGAGCAGGGACAGCCAGACCUGAGCCCUCCAGAGAGGCCCCGGCAGGCAAAGAAGAAAGGGGCCCCUGUGAAGCCACUAGAGGACAGAAAAGACACCAAACUGAAAACCACAGCACCCAGGUUGCAAGCAGAUAAGGAGUUGAUGAAGCAAAACGUAAAGGAGAAACAAAUGGGGAAAAUACUUAGAUCAAGUGAGAAAGAUAAAGAAAGUCCCAAACCACUGGAAGUUAAAAAAGCCUCACCUGACCAUGUGAAGUCGGGCUUGUCUACACAGCCGGCGGGCAGCCCCGCACCGGCGCCCACGACGUCAGGCUUGUCUACACAGCCAGCUGGCAGCCCCGCACCCGCACCCACGACGUCAGGCUUGUCUACACAGCCGGCGGGCAGCCCCGCGCCCACGACGUCAGGCUUGUCUACACAGCCGGCUGGCAGCCCUGUGUCGUCGUUAGAAGCAAGCAGAGCAGCGGGGCAGCUGCAGGCACCUCCUGAGACCAGAGAUGGGCGUUUGGAGAAACAGGUCCUGGAACGCGAUGGGGAGGGGGCGUUUCCCCCGGUCGGCAGGGAAGGUUCUGGAGAGCAGAUAAUGGGAGGAGUCCUGCAGGCUCGAGAGGAGACACUGGGAGACCAGGUACCACCAGUACAGCAUGGGAAGCCGGCAGCCCUGGAGCUCGAGGGAAAGGACGAGACGGCGUCGACGCCUGGCCCGGCAGAGCGGGACGACACACAGGAGCCCGCUCAAGCCGCCAGCCCCGCCGAGCCGUUCGAUAACACCACGUACAGGAACCUCCAGCACCAUGACUACACCCCGUACACCUUCUUAGACCUCAACCUGGACCUGUCCAAGUUCAGGAUGCCCCAGCCCUCUUCCGGACGGGAGUCCCCUCGCCACUGAGCGCUCCCUUGACAGAAGAACGCUUCCGGUGCCUGGGCAGCAGAAUAAAACCCGCUCCGGCCAUGCCGUGCGUGAUCCCUGUCCGUUGGCGGCGAACAGCGAAUUCGCGGCACUUCGUGUAGCUGUGCGUUCAGACGCUUCUGUACACGGGGUUUGCCCGUGAGCCGUAGCCUCAGAGAGUCGUGGGCACCUUGCAUCGCUGCGAUCCGCUGUGUCUGCUCCCCGGUCUGUCGUUAGUCUGUCUCACCAGCUCGGCGCUGGUGAAUGUAGUGAUACCUUCAAGUAUGGCAGACCUGGUUCUUGGGAAAGCCAGACUAGGAGUUCUGGUUCCAACCACUGUACUGCAAAGAAAAUAAACACUGAGUUACAGCGCUUCAGUAUUA